GCUGUUUGUGCUUUGGCGAGCUGCCAGGCUCCGGUCAGUUGCGCUCGGAGGACGCCUCCUGUUGCCUCCAUUUCCCACGUCGGCCGCAGCAACUCCCUUGCCCCACGAUGCUGUCGCUGCCAUCCCUGCGCACAGGGAUCUGGACCAGAAAAGGGAUCCUGGGCAUGGCAAGUGUGCGAGCAGCCCAUGGCCACAGCGGACAUGUCACUACCCAAGAGGAUCACUCGAUGCCCAUGUACUGCGAAGCGAACACCUAUCCGCUUCCGGACGUGCCCUACCACACGGAGCUGGAUUCCUCCCAGAAGGCUCUCAAGGAGAAAGAGAAAGGAUCGUGGCAACAGCUGAGCAAAGAAGAGAAGGUGGCCUUGUACCGGCUGAAGUUCUGCAACACGUACGCGGAGAUCAACAAACCGAGCAGCGAAUGGAAGACCGUGCUCGGAGGCAUCUUCUUUUGCUUCGGUUUCACAGGAAUCAUCAUUUGGGCGCAACGGGAAUUCGUGUCUCCCCCGAAGCCACACACCAUGUCGGACGAGUGGAAGGCCCAGCAGCUCCAGCGGAUGCUGGACAUGCGCGUCAGCCCUGUGCAGGGCUUCUCCGCCAAGUGGGACUACGACAAGAACGAGUGGAAGUAGAAGCGAGCGGGAGGAGGCGGGCAGAGGCAGCCCCUGGCCGUGGGCCCCACCCUGGCUGUGCUCCCGUGGCAGAACGGGCGAUCUGGAGGGCAUCACCUGGGAUCCACCCCCCCACCCCCCAUCCUUGCGAACUCUCCUACCCACCACCCCACAUCCCCUCUUCCCUUAAGCCUUCCCGGGGUACCCAGUCUGCCUUUGCCCACAUCUCACCUCCCUGGCAUGGUCGGAAGAGGUCGGGCAUGUCCAGCAGGCGCCUGUGCCCCACUGCAGAGGGUGGCUUUAGACACAAGCCCUUUGCGUGGUCUUUCCUUAGGAGCCCUUCAAAGUGUCCUGAUCUUUCCCCGCGCACAAUAAAAACACUGUACUGAG